AUGACCCUCAUCACUCAGUACCAGAGAUUCAUUUCAGCAACAACUUUGCCCAAAGUCCUGAGGAAACCCACUUUCUGGGUCACACAGAUGGAAUACUGCCAUUCUGGAUUUCAAUUGGAAUUCCACCUUAUAUUUCUCAUCCAUUACUCUAAUGUUGUUUUCCACUCAUGGCAAUCUACUCUGGAGGAUAUGAUUGGAAAACCAAAAUCAUGGCAUGCAGUCCAGCCUCCCAAAGGCUGGGAAGAGCACAUGUUUGGCCUGAGAGAUAGAAGACACUCCUUGACACCUCAUCCUUCCAUCAUGAACACCCCAAUGCUCCCUUCCCCUUCCCUGCACCUGGACAACCAAAUCCAUGAUGAGGACUCUGCAAUGGAGGAGGUGGAGGAGAAUCCUGACAACAAUGAAAAUGAGGAUGACCAGCCUUCCAGUAACAACAAUGAGGAUGAUCAGCCAUCUGGUAGCAAGAACAAGGAUGACCCUCCAUCCAGUAGCAAGAAAGAGGAUGACUGGUUGCCUGGUAGCAAUGAUGACAAGGAGACAGAGAGCUCAAGCAACUCCCAUGAUGAUGAUGAUGCACAUGCUUGCAAUGCUCAGACCAUUUCUUGUGCCCAGUCCCCACUUCCCCCAUCCUUGCUACCUGCAUACAAGUCUCAUGACUCUGCCCAUCCUGUAGGGGACAUUGUCCAUCCUCAGCAAGAAGGUGGCCCAAUCUAUACUAGACUUCAGAAGAAGGACAAAGCUGAUCAAAAUUCAAUCAACAAUUUGAUUACAAAGGAGUACAACACCCUCAUGAUAGGCAUCCCAAAGGAUGACUUUGCAGCAAGGAGGGAAAAGUUAAAAGCUGUCUAUGAGUGGAGUGAGAGCUCCUCCACUGUACCAACUAACCAAUCUGUCAAAUCUAUUGCAGCUAGAGUGGACAAUGCAAAGACACAAUUUUCUGGAUUGGUGGAGGUGUGGGCCAAUCUUGAGGAUAUUGAGAUAGUUGGAGCAGUAAUGUGUCUCAGGAACAGUGAUGGUGUGGAUGCCAGGGUGGCCAACACCAGUUCCAUUGGAGAUGUGGAUUCUGCACUGGAACUAUGUUGCCAUACAAAGGAGACUCCAAGAGACUGCAACCACAGAGUAUUCAGAAGCAUGAUGAAGGAGAAGAUGUUGGCUGCAUUGAGAGAUCUUCAUGUCACAUGUGGCAUUGAAGUUGGUGAUCCCCAGAAAGUUUCCUGGCACCAACUUCUUGAGUUUUUGCAGAAGAGCCACCUCACUAUCAUCAACUGGUCCCAUGGUGUAUCUCCACUGGGCCCUGGUUUUGAGUACAAGAAACUUAAGGCUGGCCCUCUUCAUCAACUUGUAGUACCUUACCUUCAGAGAAAACUGGGUCUUUUGUAUGACAGGCAAACUGAUGAUGAGGAAGAACAAGAUAGUCUGGAUGAUGUGCUGGAAAUUGAGAUUAAGUGCUGGAACAAAGAGGUGAUCAAUAUUUUGGAUGCUGACCCUUUGAAGGGUGAGAUCACACUUGUCAAAGCUACUGAUGGUACUGUUUUGUGGCAGAUCUCAGAUGAUCCAGAGUGGCAGAAGUCCCUCAAGGAAAUGGAUCACCAGCAGCAAGGCACGGAGGUCCUUCAACAGCAACAACUCCCUUUUCCCUCUCAGAAGCAACCCUGCAUGGAGGCAUCAAAUCAUGAUACUAUUGGUCCCCAGGAUCUACAUCAGGAUAAUCUUCCAAGCUGUCCUCACGUGUGGGAGGCUGGCCCAGCCCAGCAGUCUUUUCCCAGACAACAAGAUUCUUGGGGUGACUGUACAAACUAUCGUGAUCCUGGCCCAUCUAAUAUCCCAUAUCAUAGGUUUUACUGUCAACUUGCAUUCUCUCUAGGCAUUACCUUCUGGCCACCACAAUCAAUUUCCUCUGUCUCACCAAGGAUUCCAUCAUGA